AUGACCUCUGAGGAGAUGACAGCGUCUGUUCUGCUCUCUGUGGUACAGGGUAAAGUGAUACCUGCUCAGUCAGCUGGAGAUGAAAAUACUGAAAAUGCUUUGGACACCAGUGUUAUAAAAAGACAUACUGCCAGUCCGGGAAGGCAAACCACACAUGCUCUCUCAUACUUACACAGACUGGAAGAAGAAAGUCUGCAGGGCUCAGUGCCCAAAAUAUUCUCUCUGGCGAAAGAACAACUGUCUAAUGACAAGAGUAAUGAAAACUUCUGGGAGAGGAACAGCUCCAUCCCUGAUUCAGUGGAAUUUCUUAACAUUAACUGUAACAUUGUACAGAAAAACUACAAGAGCAAUAUCCCGUGCAGACAAUUGUAUCAAUCUUGUGAUCCUUUAGCACGGGGAGAGGCACGUCUGGAAACUGGAAUUCCCGUUUCGCUGGAAAGAGCCAUGCUUGCUGAAAUUCAGCUGAAAAUGAAUGGACCUUCAUUAAGAAGCCAGACAGCAGUAAAUAAGAAUGACAGCAGUGAUCCUGAUAAAGUGGCCUUUUUUCACUUGCAUUGUGCUAGUGAAAGGAAUAUAUCAAAGGCUUUGUGCAGUUUACACAACAGCUUCAUUUUGGAUGACUGCUUGCAGCCCGUGAGUGUUGGGGAUGGUAACACCACGGGUUCCCCAGCCUCCACUUGCAGCAUAAUGGAGCUGACAAAUAAUUGUGAGAAUGAAAAUGGGCAGCAGUUGUACGAAGAUGCUUUAAGGGAGAAGUACUUGUGUCUGGAAAGAGCACCACGCAAGGUUAAAGCGGCCUGCUCAGGUCACAACUUCUGUGGAAAUAACUUUACUGGAAGAAUGCCCUCAAAGCCCUUUCUGAGCCAUUUUGAGGACUGUAAUGAUAACUGUGAAGAAGAGUUGGAAGAGGAUUUUUUUAGAAACAAAAAAGAACGUUCCACAUUAUUAAUAAGGCGUUUCUGUAAAAACGAUAAAGAGGUUAAAAAAUCAGUUUAUACUGGAACGAGAGCAAUUUUUAGGACUUUACCUUCAGGACACAUAGGAACUGUUGCUUGGACUUACAUUGAGCAAAGGAGAAACAACAGUGGCUUGAAGCUUUCUAGGAUUACAACAGAACAGCUAACUAUAAUUCAGUCAUUAAUAAAAUGGAAAUUUAAUUCCUUUCUUGAGAAGUCUUUAUGGUAUGAGAUCUUCAGUACAGUGAGAGAAGAGGAAGGAGCAGAAGAUAUUUUUGAAUAUAUUCCUCAUCUUCUGCGAAAACUCCCAACGUUUGUUACAGACUGUACAUGCAAAUGUGAUGGUUUCUGUGUAAAACCAUGUGCAACAGGUGCUUACUGUCAAUAUCGUGCCACUUUACAGAGGACUGCACUCUCUAACUAUAUAACUGGUGCUUUACUAGAAGCAACUACGUCAUUGGGAGCAAGAAGUGGUCUUUUAAAUAUCUUUGGAGGAUCAACUGGAAGAACAAUGCUUAAAGAACGUCAAGCGUGUACAUCUAUGGCUGGUUCCAGCAUCCUUCCCUCCAACGUGGCUGGGAUCAGCAAAGAGCUGAUCGAACUGCAGCACCUCAUCCAGUUCCCAGAGGAGGUUGCCAGCAUUCUGACUGAGCAGGAGCAGGAGCUCUACAGGAAAGUCUUACCCAUUGACUACCUCUGCUUUUUAACCAGGGAUUUGGGUAAUGCUGAAUGUCAAAGCAAGCUGCCAUCUAUUAAAGCUUCCAUAUCUGCUAGCAUUCUUUCUUCUCCCAAUGGUGAACAUAAUGCUGUAGGAGACCUUGUGACAAGGUUUAAUGAGGUGAGCUCGUGGGUUACCUGGCUGAUCCUGACUGCAGGUUCCAUGGAAGAGAAACGAGAAGUCUUCUCCUAUUUAGUACAUGUGGCAAAAUGCUGCUGGAAUAUGGGCAACUACAAUGCUGUAAUGGAAUUUCUGGCAGGGCUAAGGUCAAGAAAAGUUUUAAAAAUGUGGCAAUUUAUGGACCAGUCUGAUAUUGAGACCAUGCGAAGUCUGAAAGAUGCUAUGGCACAACAUGAGUCUUCAUCUGAAUACAGGAAGGUGGUCAACCGAGCACUCAAUAUUCCAGGCUGCAAAGUUGUUCCUUUCUGUGGUGUGUUUUUAAAAGAGCUUUGUGAGGUUUUGGAUGGAGCAUCAAGCCUCAUCAGACUCUGUCCGCGAUAUAAUUCCCAGGAUGAAACAUUAGAGUUUGUUUCAGAUUACAGUGGACAAGAUAAUUUCUUGCAACGAGUAGGUCAAGAUGGUUUAAAUAAUCCAGAAAAAGAAUCAACAACAAACAAUAUCUUUCAAACUAUUCGGAGCUGCAAUCGGAGUUUGGAAUCUGAGGAGGGUGAAGAUAACGUUAGUGAAGGCAGUGGUUCAAGAAAGAACUCACUGAAGGAUAAAACCCGGUACCAAUUUAUAAUUGGAGAUCUUUCAGAUUCUGAAAAUGACAUAUUUGAGCAGUUGAAGGAAUGGGACACAAACUCAACAGAAGAGCAGCAAAAGGCUUUCUGCCAUGGGAUAGAACUCAUUCCCUGGUAUGUGUUAUCUAUCAGGGCUGAUGUCCAUCAGUUCAUGCAACAAGGGGCGACUGUCAUUCAUUACGACCAGGAGACACAUCUCUCAGCACGUUGCUUUCUUCAGCUUCAGCCUGACAACAGUACUUUGACUUGGACUAAACCCACAACAGUUUGUCCUGCAAAUGCUAAGGCCAAACUGAGUGUGCUGGGUAAUACUGCUGAGCUUGGUAAAUACCAGUUUCUUGGUAAUACUGGACUGGUGGAAGGUUUCUUGGACUUGUUUUCGGCCAAGGCUGUAUAUAUGGGACACUCGGGCAUUGAUAUGCACACUGUGUGUGUUCAAAAUAAACUGUGUAAUAUGUCCCUUGAAGAAAAUGGUAUAACACUACUUUAUGGACUUCAGACUACUGAAAAUAAGUUGCUGCACUUUGUUGCUCCGAAAUAUACUGCCAGAAUGCUAUAUGAUGGAUUGCUGGAAUUGACUAAAGCCGUUAGAAAAAUGAGGAGAUUCCCUGAUCAAAGACUGCAGUGGCUACGGAAACAGUAUGUCAGCCUUUACCAGGAGGAUGGAAGGUUUGAAGGCCCAACCUUGGCUCAGGCUGUUGAACUGUUCGGAGGCAGGCGGUGGAGUGCAAGAAACACAAGCACGGGAACUCUCACCAAAAGCACUGAGAAACCCAAUGUACAGAGGAACAACACACUGGGAAUAAGCACAGCAAAGAAAAAGAAGAAAGUACUCAUGAGGGGUGAAAGUGGAGAGGCCACUGAUGAUGAAAUGGCAACUAGGAAGGCAAAAAGCUGUAAGGAAUAUCGUAAUAGAAGUGGUUCAGAUCCUCAAGACAUUGAUGAACAAGAAGAAGCAGAUCAAAAUAUUAUUCUUAAUGCUUCUCCAUCUAACAACCUGCCAUCAAGAAGAGCUCACUCUCUGACAGCAUCUGGAUCUCCAAACUUAGGAGCUACAUCAUCUUCACCAGCAAGACCAGUUUCCUCUCCUGUAAUAUCUUCAAGCAAGAGUCAGUCUAGCACCUGGAGCAGCAGUAGCUGGCACGGCCGCGUUAAAGGAGGCAUGAAGGGCUUUCAGAACUUCAUGGUGUCUGACAGUAACAUGACUUUUGUGGAGUUUGUAGAGCUCUUCAAAUCUUUCAGUGUCCGUAGCCGCAAGGAUCUGAAAGACCUGUUCGAUGUCUAUGCUGUGCCUUGCAAUCGAUCUGGCUUAGAGCCUGCUCCACUUUAUACUAAUCUGAAGAUUGAUGAAAAUAGCAGUGGAUUCCAGCCUGAUUUAGAUUUGUUGACUAGAAAUGUUUCAGACCUUGGUUUGUUCAUUAAGAGCAGGCAGCAGCUCUCAGACAACCAGAGGCAAAUAUCUGAUGCCAUUGCUGCUGCCAGCAUUGUAACCAAUGGUACUGGAGUUGAAAGCACAUCUCUGGGAAUAUUUGGAGUGGGAAUCCAGCAGCUAAAUGACUUCCUAGUGAAUUGCCAAGGAGAACACUGCACCUAUGAUGAAAUCCUCAGUAUUAUACAGAAGUUUGAACCCAGUGUGAAUAUGUGCCAGCAGGGGCUGCUAUCUUUUGAAGGAUUUGCAAGGUAAUUACUUAUGU